AUGCAUAUGUUGUUAAAUAGUACUUAUUUAGGAAGCAAAAGAGCUUGCCUACACAUGUUAUUUGUAUUAUCAUUUGGUGUAACAUUCUUUUAUACGUACUUUAAGCUGCAAGAGGUUAGAAGAAAUGGUAACGAUUUUAUAUAUGUGAAGCAGAAAGAUAAAAGGUACAUAUUACAAUGGGAGCUGAAACGUCAUUCGCCCUUUGAAUCUAUGGCGGUGGGUAAUUUGGCGUUUGUCAAAAAUAAAUGCGCGUAUACAAAUUGUUACGUAACAAAUGACACCAGUUUUCUUGACGAAAGUGAAUUUGAUGCGAUCGUCUUUAACGGACGGGAAGUUCAAGAUCUUCGUUAUAAUCAACUGCCAAAACGGCGGUCACCAAAGCAAAAAUAUAUAUUUGGCGCUAUGGAAUCUGCUGAUAUCUAUCCUGUAUGCGACAAGAUAUUUGAUGGAUUUUUCAAUUGGACUUGGACGUACAAAAUAGAUUCUGAUUUCCGAUGGGGAUACAUCACGAUUUACGAUUUAGAUGGUAAUGUUGUCGGACCGGCUGUCAGCAUAGAGUGGCCACGAGAAUUGGAGCCUGUCGGGGAAGAUAUUAUAAAUAAAGUGUCAAAUAAAUCUAAAGCUGCAGCUUGGUUCGUAUCGAAUUGUUUUACUAAAAGCGGAAGGGAGAAAUUUGUAGAGAAAGUUCAAAAAGAAUUAGAAACAUACGGGUGGAAAGUGGACAUAUACGGAAAUUGUGGCCCAUUAGACUGCCCUAGAUCAAUAUCGCAUACUUGUUAUAAUCUCAUCGAAAAGGACUAUUACUUUUACUUUGCUUUCGAGAAUUCAUUUUCCGAGGAUUAUGUGACGGAAAAACUUAUGAUUCCCUUAAAUUAUUAUUCUGUGCCAGUCGUUUAUGGUUUUGCAAACUAUUCCAGAUUUCUGCCACCCGGAAGCUACCUAGACGCAAAGAAGUUAGGACCAAAGAAACUAGCGCAUCUAAUGAACGAAAUAAUCAGCAACAAGAGUUUAUACCACGAUUUUUUCCGUUGGAAAAAUCAUUUUAAAUAUAAGCUAACUUCAUUCAACGAAGAUAUUUGUAAGUUGUGUGAAAUGAUAAAUAAUGAAGAGAAUAUGGCGGAAGUGACUGUUUGGAAUGACUUUAGAAGAUGGUGGAAUGGCGCUAGACGUGCUAGAAUAAUCAUGUUCGUAGCAAUAGUAUUUGGUAUUUCUUUAUAUUAUACAUACAACUAUGACAGGAAGCAGAGAGACAAGUUAAUAUUAAAAUGGGAGUUGAAUCCAUGCUCACCAUUUGAAUUUUUGGAAGUAGGCAACUUGGCGUUUCUUAAAAAUAAGUGCGAAUAUAAAAACUGCUUUGUAACAAAGUACAGGGCGUUCUUCGACGAAAGUAAAUUUGAUGCGAUUAUUUUUAAUGGGAAGGAAGUUUAUAAUUUUCAGUAUAACCAACUACCCAAACGAAGGUCACCAAAGCAAAAAUAUAUAUUUGCCGCUAUGGAAUCUGCUGAUAACUAUCCUGUCUGCAACGAACUAUUUGAUGGAUAUUUCAAUUGGACUUGGACGUACAAAAUAGAUUCUGAUUUCCGAUGGGGAUACAUCACGAUUUACGAUUUAGAUGGUAAUGUUGUCGGACCGGCUGUCAGCAUAGAGUGGCCACGAGAAUUGGAGCCUGUCGGGGAAGAUAUUAUAAAUAGAGUGUCAAAUAAAUCUAAAGCUGCAGCUUGGUUCGUAUCGAAUUGUUUUACUAAAAGCGGAAGGGAAAAAUUUGUAGAAAAGGUUCAAAAAGAAUUAGAAACAUACGGGUGGAAAGUGGACAUAUACGGAAAUUGUGGCCCCUUAGACUGCCCUAAAUCAAUAUCACAUAUUUGUUUCGAUCUUAUUCAAAACGACUAUUACUUCUACUUUUCUUUGGAGAAUUCAUUUUCCGAGGAUUACGUGUCGGAAAAACUUCUGACAGCCUUAAAUUAUUAUACUGUGCCAAUAGUUUAUGGUUCUGCAAACUAUUCCAGAUUUUUGCCACCAGGAAGCUACGUAGAUGGAAGAGAUUUGGGACCAAAGAAACUAGCACAACGAAUGAGCGAAAUAAUAAGCAACAAGAGUUCAUACCACGACUUCUUCCGUUGGAGAAACCAUUAUAAAUAUAAGGAAACUUCAUCCACAGAAGAUAUUUGUAAAUUGUGUGAAAUGAUGAAUAAUGAAGAGAAGAUGGCGGAAGUGACUGUUUGGAAUGAUUUUAGAAGAUGGUGGAAUGGCGCUAGGUACAAAGAGAACUGU